UCAUAAUCAGUUACACGUUUUGUCUGCAGAAGUUGGAGAAGUUUCUGUUCCCUCAAAGAUGUCGUUGAAGAAGGAAACUCCAUCAGAUCAGCAACUUCAUUUGGCUGCUUUACAAGGGAACUUAGAACAACUAAAACGUGUACUAGACACUGGAAAAGUACAUGUAGACUGUAAAGACAAGGAAGGGACAUCUCCAUUAAUUUUGGCUGCAGCAAACAACCAUCUUGACUGUGUAAAAGAGCUUCUAAAACAAGGGGCUGAUCCUUCAGCUCGCAGACUUACGGGAACCUGUGCAUUGUUCUUUGCUGCUCAAGGAGGAUUUCUAGACAUUGUACGUGUGUUGUUAGACAGUGGAGCUUCACUAGAUCUAGCCAGCUACGAUGGAGGGACACCUUUGUUUGUAGCCUGUCAAUGUAAUCAUUUGGAUGUUGUGGAGGAAUUGCUCAGCAGAGGGGCAGAUCUCCAUGCUCAAAUGAUUGAUGGUGCCACACCUCUGUUUAUCACUGCACAAAAUGGCCAUUUGCACCUGUUAAAGUACCUGAUAACUCGAGGUGCUGAUGUCAACGUUAAAAGACAGGAUCAGGCUACUCCCUUGUGGAUAGCUUCACAAAUGGGGCACACCUCUAUUGUAAAAGAGCUCUUAUCAUCUGGUGCUGAAGUAGAUGCUGUCAGAGAGGAUGGUGCAACUCCCCUAUUCAAGGCAUGUCAUAAAGGCCAUUUAGAUGUUGCUGAGCAACUCCUAAAACACAAACCAAACUUGGGUCUACUCAAGAAUGGGGAGACGCCACUUCAUGCUGCAGCCCUAUUUGGCCACAUGAAGGUGAUGAAAUUGCUCAUGUCUUAUGGUGUGGACACAAGGCUCAAAAACAAGGAAGGUAAAACUGCUGCAGAACUCGCCCAAGAAGCAGGAUAUGACUACAUUGCCAAAUUUAUCAACAGUUUUCAAACCAGUCAGGACAGGAAAAGCCCCACCACCCCUCCACCAUCCUGAUGUGCCAACUGAUAAUCUACAAACCCCACC